AUCAUUAUAAAUGAGAAAGUCAUCUGAGUGUGUCAUUUACGUUGAGGAAGCAAGCUGAACGUUCUAUUUACCAUUUACCAGUACUGUAGCGUAUAAGUUAAAUUUGUUAAGCAUGGCAGCAUCAUUUCUUGAAAAGAAUAAGAAUUUGUUAAAGAAUGUGAAAACGUUUAUACAAAGAAUGAAAGAGGAAAACAAAGAUGAGCAAAGCGGACGAAUUCAGCAAAGUGACUAUCUGAAAAAUUUUUUGGAAUGCAUUCGACUGAAUGGAUUGCACGCUGCUUAUGAAGAGUAUGGCGACGACCAGCCUGACCCUAAUGUACAGUGUUUCCUGCAGCUUCAGGCGGCCAAAGAAAAAGGAAGUAAAGAAGAAUAUGAUGUGAUAAUUGUUGGUGCUGGCAUGACAGGGAUUUCUGCUGCUUAUGAGUUGAAGAAAGCUGGAUUAAAUAUCUUGAUAUUAGAGCAAACAGAAAGAAUUGGUGGACGAGUGUUCACCUAUGAUGAAUCAAACUCUGACCUUGCUUCUGGUAUAUUUGCUGAAGCUGGAGCAAUGAGAUUACCUGGCAAAAACGACGACCCAACCGACAGAAUGCAUUACCUGACAGAUGGAUAUAUUAAAGAUUUCAAUCUUAAAACCCAACCAUUUCCCAACUACGAUGAAAAUGGAAUUUCUAAAAUUUAUGAAUUCAAAGCAAAAACAAGCGAAUGGGCUGAUCAAUAUUUUGAUACAGUAUGGCCUAGGUGGAGAGAAGGUAUAAAACCCAGAGCUGCUAAAGAUGUUGAAAAUAUUGAUGCUUACUACAAUAAAACAACUGGUGUAGUCACAGACCAAUUACGUGCAUGGUUGACAAAAAAUAUCUAUGAUGAUGUCAAUUGGGAUAUCAAACAAUGGGAUCGUUGGAUAAGAAUUUGGAGUCAAUUCACUUUGGAAAGCUUUCUCGAGAGUAAUUUGGAGGCAAUACUUGCAAAAGUCAAGGGCUGUGAUCGAGAUGAUCUGGAUUUGAUCACUCUUGGAAAUCUUCUUCCUUGGUCCAAUGAUGCACUCCGUGGUUACUCCGUAUCUUCCUAUACUGAGCAGCUCGAUCAAUCUUUAGUUCAAUAUUUGCGUGACCAGCUUGGAGGAUGGUGGUCUGAAAAUAUGCAUUGUUUGAUUGGAGGAAUGGAAACAUUGCCAAAAGCUUUCUUUAGCGACAAUGAAGAAGACAACAAGUUAGAUAAAAACACUGACAUCGCACUCAAUCAACAAGUAUCAAAAAUUGCUUACACUUUCUACAAAGAUGAUCCCAAUAUGGACUCUGUAACUAUAACAUGUUACUCAGCGGGAGAGAAUAAGGAAAUAAAAUACCAAGGCAAAGCUGCCCUUGUUACCACACCCGUAAACAUUUUGCGUCAAAUCACUUUCAAGCCAGAAUCUGACGAUGUAGUAGCAAUGGAAGCCUUGCGCAAAACACAACAAGCAAUUGAAGACAUCUUCACCGGACCUUCUACAAAGAUAUUUAUUCAGACAAAACGUCGAUUUUGGGAAGACAGUAACAUACAAGGUGGAUUUUCCAAAACAAACCUACCAAUUGGUCAGAUACAUUAUGUUAAACCCGAAUUAGAAUGUCAAAAAAAAGGUUUGUUACUGAUUUAUACUUGGAAGAGUGAGGCCUUAAUAUUUGGCUCGUUAUCAAAAGAACAAGUGCAGCGUGAAGUCAUUGAACAAAUCGCUGAAAUUCAUCCUGAAAUAAAUGAAGACGAAAUGGUAGAGAAAUGCAUUGUUCAUUCUUGGUAUAAUAAACCAUCUUAUCAAGGUGCUUAUGCUUUGUUGAAGACUACACAAUACGAUAAUAUCAGAUAUUUGUGGGAACCAACUUUGGGGAACGUAUACUUUGCCGGUGAAAAUUUAUCAUUUACCAAUGGUUGGAUUCAAGGAGCUCUGGAAAGUGGCUUGAAAACAGCUUACCAAGUAUAUCAACGUCACAUGUACAGGCAGAACAAUGUCUAAUUUUAUUUCAUUGCUAUCAUAUCAAUUACGACAUUUUUUAAAUAAUUUUUAGUUCCUAUUGUAUUCAUGCAUGUUUUGAUAAUCAGCCUAAAUGCGCGAUCAGUUUUCAUUAUAGACAUAACUCUUUA